GUUGGUUUCAAUGCUUCCGGGUUGGCGCUGCAGUGGUGUUUCCGACUGUGGGAGCCUCGGCUUCCCAGUCGUCCGAUGAACCCGAGCAGCUGAGUCCCUUCCCUGUCUUUCACUCUUCUGGCAUCGUUGGUUUUACUUCUUCGAUUGAACCCUGCUUCCUCGACCCCCCUGGGAGGCCGCCUCCUCAGGCGCCUCCCUUCUCUUCACGAACUCGCUCUGACAGCCGAGGAACUGGCAAGAUCCUGCUACCCAGAGGGUGAAUGGGUAUCUUUCCUGGAAUAAUCCUAAUUUUUCUAAGGGUGAAGUUUGCAACGGCGGCCGUGAUUGUAAGCGGAGACUUGAACCUAGGCAGUUUGAUUUCAGAGUCUUCAUUCCUGACUAUAAACUACUUGAAGUUGCUUUUGAAAUUCAAUAAUAUACAUCUGUGAAGCGCUGAAAAAGGAAUAAAGAAAUCCGAGAGUUCAACUUAAGAGCAUCAGAAAAGUGACACUGGAAGCCAUGAGAUGUCUGGUCUGAAUUGGAAACCCUUUGUAUAUGGCGGCCUUGCCUCUAUUGUUGCGGAAUUUGGCACUUUUCCUGUGGACCUAACCAAAACUCGACUGCAGGUUCAAGGCCAAAGCAUUGAUGCCCGCUUCAAAGAGAUAAAAUACCGAGGAAUGUUUCAUGCCUUGUUCCGAAUCUAUAAAGAAGAAGGUGUAUUGGCUUUGUAUUCAGGAAUUGCUCCUGCUUUACUAAGACAGGCAUCAUAUGGCACCAUUAAAAUUGGCAUUUAUCAAAGCUUGAAGAGAUUAUUUGUAGAACGUUUAGAAGAUGAAACUCUUCUAAUUAAUAUGAUCUGUGGGGUAGUGUCAGGAGUGAUAUCUUCCACUAUAGCCAAUCCCACCGAUGUACUAAAGAUUCGAAUGCAGGCUCAGGGAAGCUUGUUUCAAGGCAGCAUGAUUGGCAGCUUCAUUGAUAUAUACCAGCAGGAAGGUACCAAGGGUCUGUGGAGGGGUGUCGUUCCAACUGCUCAGCGGGCUGCUAUCGUUGUGGGAGUAGAGCUACCAGUCUACGAUAUUACAAAGAAGCACUUAAUAUUGUCAGGGGUGAUGGGAGACACAAUUUUAACUCACUUUGUUUCCAGUUUUACAUGUGGCUUGGCUGGGGCUCUGGCUUCUAAUCCAGUUGAUGUGGUUCGAACUCGGAUGAUGAACCAGAGGGCAAUAGUGGGACAUGUGGACCUCUACAAGGGUACUUUGGAUGGUAUUUUAAAGAUGUGGAAACACGAGGGCUUUUUUGCACUCUAUAAAGGAUUUUGGCCAAACUGGCUUCGACUUGGACCCUGGAACAUCAUUUUUUUUAUCACAUAUGAGCAGCUUAAGAGACUUCAGAUCUAAGGACUGAAUUACAUGUGAGCCAAGCCCUGCCAACCUUUCUACUCUUUUUCCCUUUUCCUUCUUCAAAUGUAUUUUGACAAAGUUGUGAGUGUUUACUGAACCAUUGGUCUCCUAAGGGCCUCCUGAUGGAAGAACAAUAGAUAGGAUUGUUCAAAAUUGUUCAGUUGUUUGUGUUACCAUGUUAACUUCCCUGAGAGGAAGUGUUAGCAUUGAGAUUCUGGCACCAGAUUGGUAUCUUCUAUGAAGAUGGAUACUGAUGGGUGACAUUCAAAAUGGCCUUCUUUUCAAAUGUGGGUUAAAUGUAGUUGGUUAGCCUCAGACUUGGGUGAGAGCAGAAGCAUAGGCCAGGGAAGUUAUUGCUGUGUAUGUUACAGACCUCGGUUCUCAUUAAAGAAUUUAUUGGAGGAAUUA